UAAACAUAUAGAUAUCAGUAAUUGAUAUCUGAAACCUGAAGUCAAUUCAUUAAUACGAAAAUUGAAACGAAAAUUACGUUUCUUCAAAACAUCAAAUUUCUUGAAGAAAUAUUUUUAUUAAGUAAUUUUUUCAUGGCCUUUCUUCAAACAGCUUGUGUACUUUUAACAUUUCUUUUGAAUAUUUUCGAUAGCGAAGGAUUCUCGGAAUCUAAAUACGAGUUGCAAAUAAUGGGCAGAAUUUAUGAUGCAGGAAUCUUCAAGACUGUCAACGGCACCAGUCGAAUGCAAUGCGCAGCGCUCUGCAUGCAAGAAGAACCUUGCGCUGGUUUCGGUUUCAUUUCAAGGACCUGUUCGCUACUGAAUACUGCCGUAAAUGAAGAAAACUGCAAAACUUUGGAAUGCUCAGACGCACCAGGAAUUCAGAUUUACGUGAAACAAGUUGACGUACUCACUACUACCACCACCACACAACCACCUUCAACUACAACUACGACAGCGAAGCCUACGACUACAUCUGUGACGACAGAGCCUACAACUACGACUACAACAACAGAGCCUACAACUACGACUACAACAACAAAGCCUACAACUACGACUACAACAACAGAGCCUACAACUACGACUACAACAAUAGAACUUACAACUACGACGACAAAGCCAACAACUACUACUACAACAAAGCCUACAACUACGACUACAACGACAAAGCCCACUACUACGACAACAGAAUCAACAACUACAACUACGACAACAGAGCCCACAACUACGACUACGACAACAGAGCCUACAACUACGACUACGACAACAGAGCCCACAACUACGACUACGACAACUGAGCCUAUAACUACUACUACGACAACACAGCCUACAACUACGACUACGACAACAAAGCCCACAACUACGAGUACGACAACAGAGCCCACAACUACGAUAACUGAAGCUUCAGGUGAAGAGAUCACAGUAAUAAUCAAAUGUGUAACUGAUGGCUUGGUUCUUCAAGGACUUAUCAUGACUCAAACGGCGUUUUUUCAAGACGCAGAAACGAAAGAUGUUUGCUUCUCGUUAGGUGCAGUCAAAGCGUUUGCUAACUCCGAGAGAACAACUUUUGAAUUCGAUGGAGCUGAGAAAGCAGUUUGUACAGGUUUUAACAAUCCAGGGAUCGAAGGCAUGGAAGCAGAAGUUCGAGACGGCAAGCUUCUAAAACUUAGAAUAUCAUGCGGGGAACUCAAUGACGAUGUCGUGGACAAAGACACAAAAGUGGCAACAGUAUCGAGUGCACCAGAAAAUAAAAAAGUUGUUUGUGGUGAACUUUACGCUAUACAAAGCAUUGAAGCUAAGAAAGCAGACAAGUUCAUUUAUGAAGUUGAGGUUUCAUGUCAGAAACUGAAACGGCCUUCUAGUGCAUCUUCUCUUGGUUAGAAAUUUUCGCAACAAAGCCCACGACGCUUGCUUACUCUACAGGAAAUUCAAGUAACCAAUCACCAACACAAUAAAUAAUAUCACACCAACAAAAUAAGUAAUCGAUCAUUUUUUGCGUCUUGCUGCAAAAAGCUUUUAAGAAUAAAGAAAUACUUGAAGAAUUCUAGGAAAAUAAUCACUAAUGCAAUAAGCAACUUCAUGUCUCAAGAAGCUUAUGCUAUGAAAAGCCACAAGAUGUUUAUGCCACGAAAAAGGCCACAAAAAACGUACGCCAAGAUAAAAUAAACAAUAGCCAACACGAUAUAUAGCUCUAGAUAUCAAUUGACCAUAAGAAGUAACAAGAAAUUCUUCUGUCAUAUUUAGUGUACGAGGGGCAAAUAGUUUGAUGUAGUGUAUGCUUUAAAAGAAGAUAUGAAUGUAAACAUGCUUAUGUUUAUUUUUAUUGAACAUAAUUAAAACUCAAUAUCAUUACCCGGAGCUUAGUUCUUUAUGGGUAUAAGUAAGUCUUUUACGGGUAUAAGUAAGUAUGGAAUAUACUUCGUAUCAUUUGCAGUUUCUCAAAAUCUUUCCCAGCAACAGCGGUUGAAACUCGAAGGUAUUACGGUCAUAAACCGAAUGAUGGAGAUAGAAAUGCGCAGUAAAGAGAAGAAUUCUGUCCAAUAAUUAUUGCUUACAUUCUGAAUAAUAAGUACGUAAGCUUAAUCAGCGAA